AUGGCCACCCGCCCGGCAAGCCGCGCUGAAUUCCGCAUCGCCAUAGUCUGCGCAUUGCAGCGCGAAUACAAUGCGGUCAGCCUCCUCGUCGACGAGUUCUGGGACAAAAAGGGCGAUCCGUACGGGCGGGCUUCAGGGGACCCUUACACUUACAGAACCGGACGUAUUGGUGAUAUUAGUAUCGUCCUCGUCCUCCUUUCGGAUAUGGGGAAAGCCAGUGCGGCCAGUGCUGCGGCCAGCGUCCGGUCGAGCUAUCCCAACCUGGAGCUCAUCCUCCUGACAGGCAUCUGUGGCGGCGUGCCCCGUACUGACGCCAACGAGGAGAUUCUGCUGGGAGAUGUCGUUCUUGCUGGAUUAGUUGUCCAGUACGAUUUCGGCAAACAGUAUCCUGACGGGUUCCAAACCAAUGAUACCGUAAAAGGAAACCUCAGCAAGCCUUCUAAGAAAGUCCGCAACUUGCUAAGUGUAUUGGAGACUGAUCCUCGCCGCGAAGACCUUCAGAGGCGUGUCGCCGCUAUACUUCAAGAGCUCCAACACGCCAGCCAUCCGAGUCAGCUAGCAAAACACCAGUUUCCCGGAGCCGGGCUUGACAAGCUCUACCAGUCGAGCUACCGGCAUAAACACCGGGUUCCGGCUGAUUGCUCGAAAUGCAUGGACCCACACAAUACCGGCGAACCGUCCCGCACGCAGACGUGCGGCGAACUCGGCUGUGACGACGCUUUUCUGAUGCCGAGGAACCGCAAGCAUAAUCUGGAAUCUCCUGCUCCCUAUAUUUUCUUCGGGUGCAUCGGGUCAGGCGAUACGGUGGUCAAGUCCGGUGAAGACCGUGAUAGGAUUGCCAAGGAACACCGUCUCAUCGCAUUCGAGAUGGAAGGUGCCGGAGUCUGGGAUGAGAUCCCUUGCAUCAUCAUCAGGGGGGUUUGCGACUAUGCGGACAGCCACAAAAACAAGCGGUGGCAGGACUAUGCGGCGGCGACGGCAGCAUCUACCAUGAAGACGUUAUUGGAACUUUAUCCAAAAGCAGACGAAAACCGAGAUCAACUCCUCCAACUCAUCCCCCCAAACACGAACAAGGAUAAUUGCCAACGCACUGUCAUCGAAGGUCUCGGUGGCGUUGGCAAGACUCAGGUGGCUCUCGAGGCAGCCUACCGGGUACACCACCAUCACGCAGACUGCUCUAUCUUCUGGGUAUCCGCCGUUGAUAUAAUGAGCUUCGAGAACGCCUACCGCAAUAUCGGUCAAAAGCUUGGAAUAAGCGGAGUCGAUGAUGACGACGUAGAUGUUAAGUCGCUUAUUAAGACGGCUCUCGAAAAUAGCUCGAAUAGUUGGCUCCUCGUUAUUGAUAAUGCCGAUGAUAUAGAGCUGGUUUUUGGCGGUCGAAAUUCGCCAGGGUCUGCCAUACAUCUCCCAUUUAGUCGUAAUGGCUCAAUAAUUCUCACGACGCGGAACCACAAAGUCGCAGUCCGGUUUAACCAGAGGAACAUCAUCGCCCUAGCGCAAAUGAACCAGACUGAAGCAACAGGCAUCGGCAUAUAUAUGGCCGAGAUGGGAAUGUCAGCGGCAAAGUACCUUCAUCACUGCUACUCGAGUAACAAGACCUUGAUUCAACUACUCAGUAGGGACUUCGACGACCAGGGCCGCAUAUUGCACGGGAUAACCCGACUGCCGCACGGUAUUUACGAUUCAUCUGCUUUCUCGCCGAAAAAGAUAUCCCCUUAUCACUACUACCACUAG